GUUCGCUUGUGUUCCAGCGCAGGGGAGAUUGCGAAGAGUCGCAAUCUUGCUUCAGAGAAAGUCAAGGCACUCGGGCACCCUGGCCUGUCCGACACCUUUUGGACAUUUGCAAAGACUGUCCAGCUGCUCAAGGUCGAAAAAGGCCAGGAUGGUGAGGAACAGAACUUGAGGUACAACAACACCUUGUACAACAAGGCCUUACACCAGGCUGCCACAGCAGCUGUUGCAGUGCUGCGGGGUCCAUUCGGUCCCGUGGAGAAGGCUGCCCGGAGAUUGGAGCUGGAAUUUGGGCGGGGCAUCUUGAGCAGUCAGUACUCGAAGUUGAGCAAGCUGUUAUCGCUGACCAACAAGCUCGCAUCUGCUACCAGAAACGCUGUAGACCUGACGGCCUGGAUGAUCGACUCCUUGACGCUGGCCCUGCGCAUGAACAUGGUCACGCCAGCUAAAUGCACCGAGAAGUUUCUGGAUCGAGACCGGAAGACAGGCGAUGCUGGCUUUUGGUUGUCGCGCAUGCUGGUGGUGCAGGUCUUCGAUUAUGCAGCAAAGCUGGCGAACAAGUGGCCUGAGCCGGACAAGGUUAAGCUGACAGGGAUUUUGGCUGAACUCCGUUGCCCUUCCACAUGUUGGGAGAAAUAUCUCUGCCAUGCUGAUGCUGAUCAAGGGGCUGCUGGAGAGGACGACAUGGACGGCGAGGACCCAGAGGACGUGGAGCGCCCUGUUCCGCAGUCCAAGAUUGGAGCUGUUAAAGAGGGUUUCAACAAAGCCAGUGGCAUGCUUUUGGAUUUGCUGCUGGAGCUGAUGUCGGGGAAGUACUACAAGGAUUGCUGCAUGCUGGCUUCGAGUGAAGAUGGCCUUGCAAAGGCAUUGACAGCUGCACAGCUUGGAAGCUCGGAUGACACGGAGCACGAGGAGCCAUGUGCGCUUAUCACUCAGAUGAAGAUCAUUGUCGACAAGUUCGACAACAGCACGAAGUCCGUUGGUGCCACAUCUGCGGCUCCUGCUCCGAGUUUGCUCCAAAGCCUGGCCAAGGCUUCUGAAGCUGACACACCCGAGGAAUGUGUCGAGCGUGAGCGGCAGUGGAAGGCGGUGCAAACGGAACGCCGCAAGUUAGUGUCGUUCUCGGUACCGAACAAGAUCUCGAAGGACUGCCUAGUCAAUGCGUUCAGAGGUUGCGGCAAGGUCUUCACGCACAAGGGCACCUUAAACUCUUCGCACCGCCUGAUCGUUGCCAGUGCGGAUCUCUUGGCAGAGGCUGGUACCGACCCGUGGCUCAAGGGCACUCCGCCAAGCGAGGAAUGGAAAGAGAUCUGUGCCUUUGCCAAAGACAGUUCUGGGCCCGAGGAUUUCGUCGUACUCUUCGACGGCAGAAUGCGGGAAAUUCGCCGCGUGUCCGAAGACCUCCUGCUGAACCAGCAGCACACCGAGGAGUGCACCAUCGUGUACUCAGGUGGGUGCCCGCCGAGAACUGGUCGCACUCGCCGCGUUCCGCUGGCUGCAAAGAAGGUGGAGACAGGAGCGGUUAAGUUCCCGGUCGCACGCACCAAGAUUCAGACGACGAAGAAAGGCUCCUCCACAGUCUGCGGCGAGGCUUCUACGUACCAAGGCACUUACUCAGGCGUGGAGUACCGUGCGGUUUCUGAAAUGCCCCUCGUGUCUGCAGACACCAAGAAGAAGAGCAUUGCUCCGGCAACAACCGGCGACCUCCCGACACCGCCAGAGGACUGGCAGGAUCGCCACGGCUCCGACGUACCCUUGUUCUGGAACGAGUCGAAGCAGAUAGCAUAUUGGAAUGCCAUCAUUGAGGAGUUUUGCGCGGAGGCAGUGUUUGACCUCACGGCUGGCACCGGUGCUCUGAUGGAGGCUUCUUUGACUGCCGGCAUCGCAUACCACGGGCUUUGCAGCCUCAACAAGGAGCACAUGUCGUGGGUCCAGGCGGUUGCUGAUCGCGCAGCUUGCGGAAUGAUGGCUUUGGAGGGAUCCACUCUUUACUCGGACGAGAAUGCCAAGGCGGUGAAGAAGCAUUUCCCGCACGUUCUGGAGAGCUUGUCCAACCAAGACGACCAGGACGAGGCCUACCAGACGCCUCUGGGGCAAAACCAGUCUCAAGACGGCUUCUCGUCGGAUGCCCCGGGGAGCUUGCGGAAGCAGGCUGUGACAGACGGCUUGGUCCCCAAGGCUCGAAGGGCCUUCGUCAUCUGGUUCCAGGAAAACUCCGAAGUCAAGAAAGGCGCUCCCAAGCACGAGUUUCUCAAUGAGAUGAAGCAUCUUGGCGCAGUCUGGCAGGGCAUGACCGACAAGCAGAAGGCACCAUUCAUGGCGAGGAGCAAAGAUGAGUUCAUGGCUCAGCGAAGUGCACUGGCCGUUCUUGGCAUCAGGAUGCGGGGCUCCACGACCAGUGCGGGCGGCCCCGACGAGGCGAAGGACCCCCCUGCCGCUGACGAAUCUGGCGGUCGCGUUGGCCCAUUUGAGCUUAAUGGUGCAAGGGCUCCAAUUGGAGGCGGAGCCUAUGGCAGUGUCUACAGUUGCCAGCAUCCGCAAAGCGGCCUUAACGUGGCGGUGAAGGUUUAUCGUGGCUCCGAUGGCCCCGCGGAUUGCAGGCACGAAGUGGAGCAGAUGAAGCUUCUAAUGAAGGCCGUUCCGCAGCAGAAGAUGAUGUGGUUCCCGCUUCUUGUCAGCUCGGGUGUCACGGGCAGACCUUGGCCAUGGAUGGCUACUAGCCUAUGUGGGCCCAGCCUGGCAACCGCACUUCGAAAUCCUGCGGCGCAUGGCAAGCCGAGGACGUGGGCUGUGGCAGCUCAGCUGAGAAGUGCACUGCAGACCUUGCAUGACGCAGGCAUCCUACACUUGGAUGUGAAACCUGGCAAUGUUCUUUGGUGCCCUUGCACAGAUCAGGUGCGGGUGUGCGACUUCGGCAUGAGUGAGAACAUGGCACGGCUCCAGAAGGCUUCUCAGGCUCCCAGGUUCCUGCAGUAUGUCACGGCUGCCUAUCGACCUCCGGAGCUGUGGCCCGCUCGUGUGAAUGGCGAUGGAGACUGCGGUGUCAGAAAGCAGCUGCUGACUGCAGCUGUGGAUAUGUGGGCCUAUGCUUGCGUGGUGUUUGAGGUGGAGACCGGGAAUCCCUUCAUGCCCAAGUGGGAGGCCGGACUGAGAGCGUGGUGCAAGCAGUGGCCCGAGCUGUGGAAAACACGCAGCGACUUAGCCAAUUGCCCCGCUGCAAGUCACACGUGCUGCACAACGGUGCUUCGAGCCGGUAAAUGGGGGCUGUUUGUGUUGGUCGGCUGUGCUCCAGACCCCGGAAAGCGGCGGUGGCCGGAGCUCUGUCUGAAUCAGAAAUGA